CAUAAUCACCCCCGGGGGUGGGUUAUUGAUUCACCGAAGCCUCUAAAUCCUGGCUCUUGCCUUGCUCUUGCCUCUAUCCAACCAGAAUGGAGGCCCCAUCUCGCAUAGGGCCCCUCUCUCUUCUCAUCUUUCUGUUGGCUUCCUCUGGUCCUGUGGCUGCUGAGAAGGAUGGUAUUGACAUCUACAGUCUCACCUUGGACUCCAAGGUCACAUCACGCUUUGCCCAUACCACCAUCACCAGCCGGGUGGUCAAUAAAGCAGAAGAGGCCCGUGAAGCCAUAUUCCAGAUGGAGCUACCCAAGACAGCCUUCAUUACCAACUUCUCCAUGGUCAUUGAUGGUGUGACAUACCCCGGGGAGAUCAAGGAGAAGGCAGCUGCCCAGGAGAAGUACAGCUCUGCUGUGGCCCAGGGUCAGAGUGCUGGAAUCAUCAAGGCCACAGGAAGAAGCAUGGAGGAGUUCCAAGUGUCUGUCAAUGUGGCCCCUACUGCCAAGGUCACUUUUGAGCUGGUCUAUGAGGAGCUGCUGAAACGGCAACUGGGGAAGUAUGAGCUGAUGCUGAAGGUCCGACCCCAACAGCUGGUGAAACACCUGCAGAUAGACAUCCACAUCUUUGAGCCUCAAGGCAUCAGCUCCCUGGAGACUGAGAGCACCUUCAUGACCAAUGACCUGGCAGACGCCCUCACCAAAACCCAGAACAAGACCAAGGCUCACAUAGUGUUCAAGCCAUCUCUGAGUCAACAACAGAAGGAGCCUGGGAAGGAAGACACGACUGUGGAUGGUAACUUCAUUGUCCGUUAUGAUGUGGACCGAGUCACUGAUGCAGGGGACAUCCAGAUUGAGAAUGGAUACUUCGUGCAUCACUUUGCUCCAGCAGGGCUGCCUAUGGUGCCCAAGAAUGUGGUCUUUGUCAUCGAUAAGAGCGGGUCCAUGGCUGGGAGGAAGAUGAGGCAGACCCGAGAAGCAAUGGUCCAGAUUCUGGGUGAUCUCAGACCAGAGGACCAGUUCAACUUAGUCAUCUUUGAUGGACACGUAUUCCAGUGGAUGCCAGCGCUGCUUCAGGCCUCAUCUCAGAACGUAGAACAAGCCAAGAAAUUCACCUCCCUCAUCUCAGCCAUGGGUGCAACCAACAUCAAUGACGCUGUACUUCUGGCUGUGAAGAUGCUAGAUGACAGCAACAGGAAGGAGAAGCUACCCCCAGGGAGUGUCUCCAUGGUCAUCCUACUCACCGAUGGAGAUGCCACUGAUGGGGAGACAAACCCUAAGAAAAUUCAGGAGAAUGUGAAAGCAGCUAUAGGAGGUAGCUAUCACCUCUAUUGCCUGGGUUUUGGCUUUGAUGUCAACUAUGCUUUCCUGGAGAAGCUGGCCCUGGAGAAUGGAGGGGUGGCCCGGCGAAUCUAUGAGGACUCAGAUUCAGACCUGCAACUCCAGGAUUUUUACCAAGAGGUGGCCAACCCAUUGCUGACCAAGGUGGAGUUCCAGUAUCCAGACAAUGCCGUGGAACUGCUCACACAAGAUAACUUCAGGGUCUUCUUCAAGGGUUCUGAGCUAGUGGUGGCUGGGAAGCUGAAGUCUCAGUUGGAGAAUUCACUCUUAGCCGAAGUCAAGGGUCAGUCGAGCACCCAGAACUUCACCUUCCAAACAGAAGUGAAUGUUGAGGACAAGGAGAAGGUGUUCCAGAGCCCAAAGUACAUUUUCCACAACUUCAUGGAACGCCUGUGGGCAUACCUGACCAUUCAGCAGCUGUUGGAGAAAGCUGUUUCAGCAUCAGCUGAGGAGAAGAAGAGCCUGGAGGCCCGGGCUUUGGGACUGUCCCUCAACUUCAGCUUUGUUACCCCACUCACAUCCAUGGUGGUCACCAAACCAGAGGGCCAGGAUCAGGACCAGGUGGCUUCAAAGCCAGUGGAAGCAGAUAACGAUUGGUCUUCUUCAUUUUCACUAAUGGCAAGAUUGCCUAACGCAGGAACUCCCAGAUUCCCAGGGCUUAUUUUUCAACAAGGAGUCUCAGGACACCUACCAGGUGUUCCAGGGCCUCCAGGCGCUGCAGGUGUCUCCGGAAGCUUCUUACCCGUGGGAGGAGCACUCAGAUAUAAUAGGCCGCCACCUCCGGAUUACUCCAUGAUGGGAGGAUUAGAUGCCAUGGCAUCGGUUCCAUUAUUGCCAGAUCCUCCUCUGAUGAAAUUGUUUGAAGCCCCAAUUCCUUCCCCAACUCAUCCAGGAAAGAAAGCCCCUCAUUUCAUCUUGCUGGGAAAUAACCACACUGAAGAGACAAUAUGUGUGAAUGUCAGAGGGUCAUCCGAUUCCCCACAGAAUCUCAUCUCUGAUCCUGGGCAAGGCAUUGAAGUGACUGGCCAAUAUGAGGGGAGAAGAAACAAGUUUGACUGGCUCCAGGUGAGCUACAGGACUCCUGAAAUUAGGGUGCGUGUGACCCAAGACAACAUUGUGGUGACUCGUGGCCAUGGCGGGAAAAGCUCCUCUCAUCAAUGGAAAUCAUCACUGUAUUUGGUGCUUCCAGGGCUGAAGAUAACUUUGGAAAAUGGUGUCUUGCUGCUUAGUGACCCAGACAAAGCCACCAUUGGCCUAGUAUUCUUGAACCAUCCCACUCCUGGACUGCGGCUCUUCCUGAGGGAUCCAGCUCACUUCUCCAGCCAAACCAGUGGAGUCCUUGGUCAAUUCUACCAGGAUUUUCAGUUGGAUCCUGCUGAAGUGAGAACAUUUGAAAACACACGGGGGCUUAGUGUGAUGGGAAAGAAUUAUACAGUCACCAGAACGUCCAUGAUGGAUUUCCAAGAAGGCAGAGCUACUGUCCCACAGUCAGAGUUAUUGUGCUGGUACCUCGAACAACCCUUAUAAGGUGGAAGAGAAUCAGCACGAGCUGCACCCUUCUGGUCUCCAUUCUGGACUAAUCAGGGCAACUAAUAAUUGCCCAUCUGGACCAGGUGGGGAGAUGCUAUAAAGCAACGUCUUUUCAGCA